AUGCGGCUCCUCACCAUGCAGCGGCCAAUGCUGCGGGCCGCGGCCGCCUCGUCACAGGCAGCACUGCGAGCGGCGACGGCGCAGCCCACCGGGAAUGCACAAGGGAUACUGGGCAGCGUGGGACGGCGGUAUGCGUCGGUCAAGGCGCAGGGGGCGUACAAGAAGAAGAGCAAGCGCGGCAUCCCUAACAAGCUCGGCGCCAAGCGCACCGGAGACCAGUUCGUCAUCCCCGGCAACAUCAUCUACAAGCAGCGCGGCACGCACUGGUGGCCCGGCGAGAACUGCAUCAUGGGCCGCGACCACACCAUCCACGCCAUGGCCACGGGCUACGUCAAGUACUACCGCGACGCGGCGCGCCACCCGGACCGCAAGUACAUCGGCGUCGUCUUCGACAAGGCCGACGCGCUGCCGUACCCGCGCCACGCCGAGCGCAAGCGCCGCCUGGGCAUGACGGCCCACGCGCUGCGCGCCGCCCCCGAGACCCCCGCCCUGUCCGCCUCGGGCAUCCCCCACGAGGUCCGCCGCCUGCAGGACGGCGAGCCCGACCGCCUGCUGCGCCUGCGCGCCGACUACAGCUACCGCGAGGACAACUGGCGCAUCGGCCGCCUGGUCAAGACCACGGGCCUGCGCACCCGCCGCUUCCGCACCCGCAAGCAGUGGCUGCGGCACCGCCGCUGGAGGCGCGAGCGCGAGCUCGACGGCCAGCGCAGGGCGGCGCUGCGCAGGGAGGCUGACGUGCCGGGCGGCGGUGACGCUGUCGGGGCUGCGGCCAAGCCCAUGAGCAAGAAGGCGGCCAAGAAGGCCAAGAAGGCGACCAAGAAGAAGUGA